AUGUCGGGGAGCAGCGGGCCAGUGCCUUUGCUGCUUGGUCUCCUGCUGCUGCUCCCAGGUCUCUGUGGCCCUGGUGGGAGGCGGGCCCCACGCCGCAGGUUCGAGUACAAAUUCAGCUUCAAAGGACCAAGAUGGUCGCCUCCCGGGGCUGGAAUACCCUUCUGGAGCCACCAUGGAGAUGCCAUCUUGGGCCUGGAGGAAGUGCGCCUGGUGCCCUCCCUGCGGGACCGGCGCGGCGCCAUGUGGACCAGGGCCCCUGUCCUGUUCCGGUCCUGGGAGGUGGAGGUGCAGCUGAGGGUGACAGGGCCAGGGCGCCGAGGGGCACAAGGCAUGGCAGUGUGGUACACGCGGGAAAGGAGCAAAGAAGGCCCCAUCCUUGGGGGGCCAGCCGAGUGGCACGGCGUAGGAAUCCUCUUCGACUCCUCAGCCGGGGAUGCCCAGGACAGCCCUGUCAUUCGUGUGCUGGUUGGAGACGGCCACAGCUCCAGUGCACAGCCCAGGGACCGAGCCAGCCGGGUGCUGGGUUUGUGUCACCGGAACUUCCGUAACUGGCCGUAUCCCUUCCGAGUGCGAAUCACCUACUGGGAGCACAGACUGCGUGUAUCCUCUAAUAGCGGCCUCACCCCCUACGAUCCUGAAGAGUUCUGCGUGGAUGUGGGGCCCCUGAUUUUGCCCUCUGGAGGUUUCUUUGGAGUCUCAGCAGCCACCGGCACCCUGGCAGAUGAUCAUGACCUGCUGACUUUCCUGACCUUCAGCUUGCAGGAGCCGAGUCCAGAGGAUGCCCCGCAUCCCAUCUCGGAGUCGGAGCAGCUCCGCCUGGCUGGACAGCUGCAAGGGCUGCGUGCGAGGCUGGCCCUGGGCACUCGGGAGGACAUUGUUCCAAAGCUGGACUUCAAAGCCCAGGACAUGGGGGAAAGGUUGCCUGACCUGGACGAAACCCUCAGCAGAUACAGCCAGGUCCUGCAGGCCCUUCGGGCUCUCUCAGAACAGCUGGUCCAGGCUGAGAGACAGUGGAAGCAGCAGCUGGGCCUUCCAGGCCAGGUCAGGCCAGAGGGCGGCUGGGACUCUGCCAAGCUCAGCACCCUGCUCUCUGCACAGCAGACUCUGCUCCAGGCCCUGCAAGAGAUGAGGCACCGGGCAGUUCUGAUGGCUUCCGGUGCCCGGGUGUCCUUCCUGCCCCUGGGCACCGCACACCAUUUCUCAGAGCUGGAGCAGACCCUCAGCCUCCUGCACAAGGACCUCCGGGGUGUGGUGAAAACAGCAUCCCAGGCCCCCCGCAGCCCUGGUGGGCGCCCAAGGGCCUCCUCCUGCCUGCGGCCUGGAGUCUUUCUGCUCUUUCUGGUCACCCAAACCGUGGGCUUUUUCUGCUACCUGCACUUCAGACAGGAGCUGGACAAGCGCUUCCGGGAGUGUCUGUCUAGAAGUGCCCUUGCUCUGGGCCCUGCCCUACACCCAGCGGGGGCCCUGGGUGCUCUCAGGAGACAGCCUUUCAACCCCAGCACCCAAGCCUGA